CCGCCGCCACCCCCCGCCCGGCCGCCCCGCGACUGCACGCGCGCCCCUCCCGCGGGGCCCCGCUGCGCCCCUCGCCUGGCGCUCCCCGCCCCCUCCGGGCGCCGCUUCCCUCUCCCCUCCCCGCGAAGUUUGGGGCUGUCAGUCCGUCGGUGCUCCGCGCCGUCCGCACCCAGCGCCGGGGUCCCGGGAGGGCGGCGCGACGCCCGGGCCGCAGGGCCCGAGGCUGGUCCCGGAGGCGCUGCGGGUGCCAUGAGAGAGACCUUGGAUGCCUUCAGCUCCCUGGGAUUCUCCGUGGGACCGCGGGGGGACAUGGCCCCCCAGAGUGAGCCGGCGGGGGAGAGGUCGUCCCACAGUGCUCGGGAGCAGGGAGAGAGGCCUCUGGGCACGUGCUCUGGGUCGGAAGCCCCCAGACCCGAGGAAGGCACCCCCACAGAACGAGCUGAGGCACCCUGCCAAGGUGCCCAGGCAUGUGCCCCCGAAAAAACAGAGCCCGUGGGCUCCUGCCCAGGGGACCAGUGGGAGAUUCGCAAGGUGAAGGUGGAGGAUGAGGAACAGGAGGCGGCCGAGGAGGUGGAGUGGCCGCGGCAUCUGCCCUUGCUCCCGGGCCCCUUCCCCGCGCCGGACUUGGGCCCCCUGGCCACCACCUACAAGCUGGAGCCCGGCGCCCCCGCGCCCCUGGGCGGGCUGGCGCUGGCCGGCUGGGCCCCGGCGGCGGCCGCGGACAAGCCGUACGGCUGCGGGGAGUGCGAGCGGCGCUUCCGGGACCAGCUGACCCUGCGGCUGCACCAGCGGCUGCACCGCGGCGAGGCCCCGUGCGCCUGCCCGGACUGCGGCCGCAGCUUCACGCAGCGCGCGCACCUGCUGCUGCACCAGCGCAGCCACCGCGGCGAGCGGCCCUUCCCGUGCUCCGAGUGCGACAAGCGUUUCAGCAAGAAGGCGCACCUGACGCGCCACCUGCGCACGCACACGGGCGAGCGGCCCUACCCGUGCGCCGAGUGCGGCAAGCGCUUCAGCCAGAAGAUCCACCUGGGCUCGCACCAGAAGACGCACACGGGCGAGCGGCCCUUCCCGUGCGCCGAGUGCGAGAAACGCUUCCGCAAGAAGACGCACCUGAUCCGCCACCAGCGCAUCCACACGGGCGAGCGGCCCUACCAGUGCGCGCGCUGUGCCCGCAGCUUCACGCACAAGCAGCACCUGGUGCGCCACCAGCGCGUGCACGACGCGGCCGGCCGCGCCCCGCCGGCCCCCGCCGCGCCCGUCGCGCCCGCCGGCCCCGCGCCCGCCCCGUCCGGGCCCGCGCCCUUCGCGUGCGCCCGCUGCGGCCGGUGCUGGAAGAAAAACCUCGCCACGCUGCAGCCUCGCGGCGAGGGCCACCCCCUGGGCUGCGACGCGUGCGGCCCGGACGCCGCCGCGGACCCCCCCGCCGCCCCGUUGACGUCCGCGGCCGGCCCGACGGCGGCCCCGCGCGCCCCGACCCCCGAGCGCGCCGUCUGCUGCCCGGACUGCGGGCGCGGCUACGCGCACGGCCAGCACCUGGCGCGCCACCGGCGCGGCCACGCGGGCGAGCAGCCCUUGGCCUGCGCGCAGUGCGGCCGCCGCUUCGGCUCGCGGCCCACCCUGGUGGCCCACUCGAGGGCGCACGGCGGCGCCCGGCCCUUCGCCUGCGCGCAGUGCGGCCGCCGCUUCAGCCGCAAGUCGCACCUGGGCCGCCACCAGGCCGUGCACACCGGCAGCCGCCCGCACGCCUGCACCGUCUGCGCCCGCAGCUUCAGCUCCAAGACCAACCUGGUCCGCCACCAGGCCAUCCACACGGGCGCGCGCCCCUUCCCCUGCCCGCAGUGCGGCAAGAGCUUCAGCCGAAAGACGCACCUGGUGCGCCACCAGCGCAUCCACGGCGACGCGGCGCACCCGGGCCCCGACGCGGACCUCGCGGCACCCGGCUGGCCCCUGCCCACCCCGGGGGCAGCGCCCCCGAUCUUUUUCUGAGCCCGGCUGGGAAACCGCGCCCCAGCUGGCCAUCCCCGCCUCUGUCCCUGUCCUACGGGGGGGAGAAGUCCAGAAAGGAGAACCAGCUUUGACAUUCUGUGACCAAGACCACACUGAGUCCCAGCCGGAAGGGCUGGACGCGGACUUUGG